CCUGGUAAUUGUCAACGUUAAAACGAGGCUAACUGCGUAAAUCCAAGAUGGCCGGUGCAAACGCAGGGAAAAUUGUUGAUUUGCGUGAAAAACUCAAUCAAAAUACAGACCGCAACAGAAAACUACAACAGCAAAACAGAAAACGUAGACGAAGUGCAUCUAAGGUUGUAUAUGAAAAGCAUUCAAGCUAUGAACAAGGUCUAGAACUGCAGAGAGUUCACCAAGGCAUAUGGCAGCGGGUCCUCUUUGAUAAAGUCGAAUGCGAAGAAAUUGAAGAGAAAAUCAACGAUGUAGUCGUCGAAGCCGAUAGAGGAGUAUAUAAAGACCGUACAGUAGACAGAGCGCCCCUCCGAGUCAAGUAUUUCUUUGGAGAAGGAUACACCUACGGUAAACAACUCGAGGAGCGAGGUCCGGGAAGUGAGCGAUUGUACGCACGAGGAGACGUCGAUGACAUUCCGGAAUGGAUUUACGAACUUGUGAUUUCUCGAUUGGAAAAGGCCGGCAUCGUACCGAAAGACUUUAUAAACAGUGCAGUUAUCAAUGAUUAUCAGCCGGGUGGAUGCAUAGUGUCGCAUAUUGACCCUAUGCAUAUCUUUGAUCGUCCCAUCGUUUCUUGUUCAUUCUUCAGUUCGUGUACACUAAGUUUCGGGUGCAAGUUUAGUUUCAAGCCCAUCCGUACUACAGAUCCUAUUCUAUCGCUACCAUUACCUAGAGGAUGUGUUACUGCCUUGAGUGGCUAUGCUGCAGAUGAGAUCACACAUUGUGUUCGCCCUCAAGAUGUGGUGACACGAAGAGCUGUUAUUAUUCUUAGAAGGGUUCUACCAGAUGCCCCACGUCUGGCUCCAAGCCAAGAACCCACCCAAGAACAAGAAGAGAAUUAUGAAGAUGACGAGGAAGAAGAACCACCAAAACCACUAAAGAGAAAGCGUAUUGUGCUACAAAGGGGUCGCAAGUUGACUGAUCCCCACAGAUAAUCUCCUGAUUCUAUUAUCCUAACUCUAAAUGAGACUUGUAUUGUCAUGGAAUACUGUACAGAUGCCACAAGUAUUGAACUAAAAUGAGGUUUAUCUGAGUAUCACAUUUAUUUCCAGAGCAUAUUAAUAACUGCUUGAUAAAUAGAAUUUUUUUAAAUUACAAUUAUUCUAUUUGGAAAGAAGAGAAGCCAUAAUGGUUGAACAUUUUCAUAUCUUGACUAUUUAUAUUAUGCUGAGAUACUUGCCGAAAUAAAUUCAUUAUAUCACCUAUAAUCCUUUAUUCAUGAUUAUUCUGGCAGCUCACAUGAAAUAAAAAAUAUAUAUAUAUAUCUCCCUCUUUGAGCUACAGGACUAGCCAAAAGAUGUAUUGAAUAGGGGCAGGUGUCAACAUGAUUUAUUGCCCAAAUCCUUGCUUGUGUUGAGACCAGUAAGCAUAUCUUUAAGUUUUGUGUGUUCACACCUGGCCAUUCCCUAACAUUAAUAAGACAUUUGUUGCUAUUCAAAAAGCAUCAAGUGUGUGCUUGCUUUACUUAUAUAGCCUGCUUGUUUAAUCAUACAAAAUGAUAAUAGUAUAAAAUCGUUUGACAAACAGUUGUCGUCAACCGGCUUUGCAACUACACGACAAGCACGCAUGUAAGCAUGGGUAAAAACCACUGAAGCGCUUAGCUGCAUAUAUUAGCCACUGCAUAACUUAAUAAUAAUAUAAUAAUAAUAUGAAUAAUAAAAGUAAUGGUGAUAAUGAUAAUAAUAAUAAUGGUUUAUUUACAUUGUAUUCACUAGGUGGCUCUUCAUCUGCGAAGAAACUUUGCUAAGCUAAUUAAGUAACAAUAUAUAUAUAUAUAUAUAUAUAUAUAUAUAUAUAUAUAUAUAUAUAUAUAUAUAUAUAUCACAAAUAUAUAAACAAAAAGAAAUUAACCUGACCUAUAUACAUUAUGUACAUAUAUACACAUAGCUUCAGACUUAGAUGCUGUAGUGGUGGCUAAUAUAUAUGCAGCAACCUUUAGUCAACAACUGUACAUAUGUUCAACUAUGACAACCUGCUGUCAAAAAUAAGCUUUUGAAAGCUGUACAUAGAGUUGAUUUUAUAGAAAGUUUUCUGUUCAGUAGAAGGAUGUUUAAGCUGAUAUAAUUUGAAUGCCAAGCCUGAAAAUGGAAUGCUCUUAUAUCAAUUGGGAUAUUUUGCUGUUACUGGUCACAGUUAUUUGUUAGUUUUUGUAUGAAAAAUGUAUGUACAGAUAAGUUUGUAUAGGAAUGGCAAUCUAUUCUGAAUGAUGUUUAGUUAUUAUAGUUAAUAAAGAUGGUAGAACAUUGUAGGGAAACAUGAAAAAAAAAAAGAAUUGAGUUCACUAAAAUGCAUAUUAAAGUUCAUGUUUCAUUGA